AUGGCUUCUGGACUACCUAACUCUGGAAAAUGGCCCAUGGGCAAAAAGGACACCAAGCUUGCGGACGAUGCCGCCAAGGUUCAGUGGUUCAGGUUCAUGGAGGUUGACAAGUACGUCGCGUCGGGCCACAAGCUCUACCGUUCCUCUGCGCCCAACUACAAAGGCAAGGACGAAGACCAGGAGAUGACCGUAUCUCGGGCAGCAUUCCUCAAGAAGACCGGUAUCGACUGCCUGAUCUCCUUCAACCACGUAAAAUACAGCGCGAAGGAAGAAGGUUACUUGAAGGCCGCUGGGAUCACGUACCUGUGGUUGCAAGUUCCCGAUUUCCAACCUUCGACCGAGAAGCAGGUCGACGAUGCCUACCGCAUGUACAAGAAGCAUAAGUCUACUCUCGUGCACUGCGGCUUCGGCUGGGGACGUACUGGCACGGCAAUAUGCGCCCUUCAGCUCUUCUGCGAAAAGGGCGCUAACCCUCCCGAAAAGCUCUGGGGCGAAGUUGACGGUGGGGAUCAGGUAGAGACAAAGGAGCAAAUAGCAAUGCUGGCAGAUUUGAAGAAGAAGCUAAUUGCCGGCAAAAUCAAGAACUGA